AUGGCGACUGCGGCAGAGAAAUCAACAAAAGAGCGGCUCGUGUCUGCUUUGGAUGAUCUGGAGGUUUUAUCGCGGGAGUUGAUAGAGAUGUUGGCUUUGUCCCGAAAUCAGAAACUGCCACAGCCCGGGGAAGACGUGAAGGUCUUGGAGCUGCUGGUUCAGAGGGACCGUGAGUUUCAGGAUCUGAUGGCGACGGCUCAGUCUCAGGGCAAAGUUCACGACGAAAUGCAACAACUGGAGAAAGAGGUGGAGAAGAGGGACAGCGACAUCCAGCAGCUGCAGAAGCAACUGAAGGAGGCCGAACACAUCCUGGCGACUGCUGUUUAUCAGGCCAAAGAGAAACUUAAGUCCAUAGACAAAGCCAGAAAAGGAAGUGUUUCGUCCGAAGAGCUAAUCAAAUACGCUCACAGAAUCAGCGCCAGUAACGCAGUGUGUGCUCCACUCAACUGGGUCCCAGGCGACCCGCGCAGGCCGUACCCCACAGACCUUGAGAUGCGCAGUGGGAUGUUGGGGCUCAUGGCCAAUCUGCCCACGAACGGAGUGAACGGACACCUGCCCGGGGACGCACUGGCUGCAGGGAGGUUGCCAGACGUGCUGACGCCUCAUUACCCCUGGCAGUCCUCGGACGUUUCUGUGGGGAUGCUGCCUCCUCAUCACGGCUCGGACCUGGGCCUGGAGCCUCCAGGACACAACAAGGAGAACGAGGAGGACGUGGAGAACAUGUCCACAGACUCCUCCAGCAGCAGCAGCGACUCGGACUGA